AGAAAAUUGUCAAUUUAGUGAUAUUGCUUUUCUUUAUCGAAAUAAUUAUCUUUCGAUGAGGAUUGAACAAGAAUUAAUUGCCCAAAAAAUUCCUUAUGAAAUCUUGGGAGCCUUUAAAUUUAUUGAAAGAGGAGAAAUUAAAGAUGUUUUAGCUUUUCUGCGAACUAUUCUUUACCAGGAUAAUCUUUCUUUGUUGCGAGUUUUAAACUUAAUGGAAGGCAUCGGUGCUCGUACCAUUGAAAAAAUUGAAUAUUUCUUAAUUGCUUUUGAAGACAAAAAAUUAAUUAAAACUCGUAAUAAUCUCAUUCUUUCUUCCAUUCACCAAGCCAAAGGACUAGAAUUUGAAAUUGUUUUUUUUGUUUACUUGGAUGAAGGAACUUUACCUUACAAAGAAAACAAAGACUUAAUAGAAGAAAAGCGCCUUUUUUAUGUUGAAAUAGAAUUAGAAGAAUACAAAAAGUUAGAAAAGAAAUUAGAAAAAUUAUCGGAAACUGCAAAAAAAGCCGAUGAAAAAAUUAAACAACUUAUGGAAAGUUUUGAAAGGUCAAAUAAUUGCAUAAUUGAACUUGUUGAAGAGCGUAAAAUUAAAGAUAAAUAUAUAGGGCUUUUGGAGGAAGAAAACAAGAGACUAAAUAAGAAUGUAAAGAAAGCAGAAUUAUAG